AUGACAAACUCGACCUCGAAUCACUUCACCUGCCCGUCAGGCGGCACCUGGUACGUAUGCCCGGAUGCGCCGUUCUUCGUCGGCUGCUGCUCCUCGGACCCAUGCACAAACAUCGACGCAAACAGCACCUCGCCAUGCCCCCGGACCCUCCUCUCUGCUGCUUCCUUUGACCCCUCCUACUACGAUAAAACCGAGCCCAACCAUUGCAUCGGCACCGUGAACGAAAAUUGGUAUUCCUGCACCGGCUCGGUCCCACCCUUCAUCGGCUGCUGCUCGAGGAAUCCUUGCUCACCGGCGGGGUGUCCGGCCGGUCAUUUACUUGAGGCUGCGUGGAGCAAUGCGAGACCGGGUCAAUUCGCCUUAUUCCAGGACGAGGGCACAGGCGAUAAAGAUGGUAAGGGUAGUGGCGGAGGGGAUGAGUUAUCCGACGGCGCGAUCGCGGGAAUCGUCGUUGGGGGUGUUGCGGCGCUGGUGAUCAUCGGAGCGCUCAUCUGGUUCUUCAUUCGUAGAAGGAACAAGAAGGCUGCUGCGAUGAGUGGACACGGGCACACGCCGUCUUUUGUCGAGGGCGAGCAUAGGAGGAUGUAUCCAUCCCCGGCAUCGCCGCACCAUUACUCGGAAUACUCCAGUCCCGCUGGCACGACAACAGGGGCAGGAAAGGACCCGAAAUACAUGUCAACUUCAAGUUCCUCAGCAGGCAUCAGCCUGCCCUCGCUCUCUCCCAGACAACCUUCAGAAAGCGGACGGCCCAUUUCGGAUUUAUACUCGAAUAGUACCAGGAGCGAAGAUAUGUCGCAGCAGAAAUGGGCGCCGGGACAGAGUUACGGGCUCGGUGUGCAUGGGGCACAAAAGCCAGAGCCGAUACAGGAGUUGGACGGCAAUGUGGCCGAGGUGCAUGAGCUGGACGGACUCGGAGGAAAUCGGCGGUGGUGA